GUCCGUCUAGUGUCAAAAUGCCAAUCGAGCCCAAAAACCGCUUCAGACACGACUGCGACCUCCACAAAGAGUACCAGAAUUUGCAAGUACACUCCCCGUUUGAGCCCCGAUGGAAAAGAUACCUCUAUUCGAUUCGGCUCCAACUCAGUGUUUGCAAGAACAAGCAAUCAAAACUCUACUUCAGAAGCAUGUCAUCGUUGACCCACGAACGCAAUAGACACUUCUACACCCCACGAUACAAGUAUAUCAUCCACCCUUUCAGCAGUUUCAAUCGGGCGAAGGAGAUGCUCCUCUCGGUAUUGCUAUACUUCUUGUUCUUCUUCGAGUCGUUCUUGGGGAGCUUCCUGGGGGAGGAGUUCCACGCCAGGGCCACUCGAAUGGUCUCCAGUAAAGUACUAUUUGCAAUCAAUGCCCUCCUUCUCCUAGAUAUUGUUCUACGGUUUUUUAUCGGGGUUGUAAACGAGAAAACACGAGAGGUUAUCUUGGAGAAGAAAAUCAUCGCAAAAGUCUAUAUCCGGAGCUAUUUCUUGUUCGAUAUUUUACCAAUUGUGGGUUUUCUAGUCUUCUAUUUUGUUCCAAUCAAGAGAUUUGACCUAAAAAUUGUGAUUUAUGAGUUCCACAAGUUUCGGUUAGUGCGAAUGAGGAGUGUGGUUGCUAACGCGUUAACAAUUUUGCGAAAAUUCAAGUUGCAAGAGUCGUCUCAAACCAUCAUUGUUAUCAUUAUCAUAGUUUUGGUGACUUUGCACGAAUGGUCGUGUAUUUUGAGUCUGAUUUAUAUGUUUCGGAAGUUGUAUCAUUUAUCAAAUCGUGAUACUUUUGUUUAUCAAUAUUAUCAGAGGACGACUCGACUUGACCAAAUUACGGUAACUCAUUCUUUGGCCGAUCGUACGAAUUACUCCUUUCGUGUGUACCUCUUGUACUUGUCAAUUGUUGCUUGUCAUUUCUUCGGUUGUGGUACUUCGAUCUACAAGACAAAACGCAGUGCUGAGAUGAUUGUACUGUCUUUUGUCACUAUGAACGGCAUGAUGUUCUACAUAGGAAUGGUGGCUAAAGUUUUGCAAAUGUUUGGAGUUGCCAACAUUGCUGAGAACCGCUACGAAGAACUCAAUUGGCAGGUGAAGCAAUACAUGACGAAGAAAAAAUUUCCUGGUGCCCUCAAACGCCGUAUUGUCCUAUAUUAUGACUACAAGUACGGAAAUAAGUUCUUUUCCGAACAGGAGAUUCUUGAUUCCCUCACGGAGCGUCUCCGGAUGGAAGUUCUUCUUUACAGUUGCCGGAAUCUCAUCACCGAAGUGAAAAUCUUCAAAGGACUAUCUAAAUCUGCAGUUGGGUGUAUUUUAGCCUUGCUCAAACAGGAGAUUUACCUCCCGGGAGAGAUGAUAAUGAGUGCUGAAGAGGAGUCCGACUCGAUUUACUUUAUCCUCUAUGGGACUUGUAUGAUUCAGGUGAUUGGAGGGAAGGAAUUGUGGCAUAUUGAGGAUGGGACGGAGUUUGGGGAUGCAAGUCGGUUUUGUAAUGAGGAACAAAUCGGGUUUUUGUACCAGAUUGUGGCCCUAGAAGCGACCGAAGUGUUUGAAUUGCAAGUCAACGAUUUGGCAUAUUGUUGUACGAUGUAUCCCGAAAUUACGUUCAAAUUGGAGGCGAUGGCGAGGAAUAAAGCGAGGGUUUAUAAUCAGACGUAUGCGAGGAGGACACAAGAGACUGAUUAUGUGGGGGAGAUUUUAGACGAACUAGGAAAAGGGAAUAUUUUGCAUUAUGGAAUUAAAAGAGAUGAUUUUGACUGAUUUGUGUUG